GGAAAACAAUAGAAAGACUGCACGGGAGACAAUGUUUAGAGAAGAGAAGGAGCGCAUAGGAGUGUAAAUGAAUGGGACAGGGUGCUAUCCAUCUCUGUGGGUCAGAUCGAUCACCGAGUGGAUGGAUUGGUUACACACCACCAGUGUGUGUGUGUGAGAUUGUGUUAGCGAGCGUCAGUACUGCAUUGCUCCAGUUGCAAAUGAGAUGGACUCCCUAAGAACGGGAGAGCUAGAGACUAAAGGGAGAUGUAGAAGUGGGAGAGAAGAACAAGGGGGGAGUGCAUCUGAGAUGGGGCAAAACCUUAAAUGUGGCACAAAUGGCCGUGUGUGCGCGCAUGUGUGUGUGUGUGCGCAUAGCUUGCGACUAAGCAAGAGGAACAGGAGCGGCAAGGAAACACCGAGAGACAAGACAAAAAAAAGAGCAGAAGAGGUAGCGGGGGACAGGGUGAGGGGGGGGUUAGAGCUGGAUGAAAAAAGGUGGUGGGGUAGAGCCGUGACUGAUAACAUUGUCGUACUAAGGUUGCCUCAAGGGCAGACAAGACAGAGCGAGGAGGAGAGAAAGAGAGAGACAGCGAUAGGAGAUUGGGAAUUUACGGAGCAGCCGGAAGCGCAAAGGGUUGUAAGAUGGAAGGUGAGAAAAGAUGGAGGCAAGAUGGAAACCUAUAGAAAACCGUAGGAGGAUGAAGAGAAGAGGCAGGUCUGUGGAUCGUCAGGCAUUCUACCAUGCCUGUCCCCCCAUUCUUCAAUCCCUGCAGACAAAAACACCUGCCCCACAAACACCUCCACCCCGAACAGAGGGCAGAGCGGUCCGCCUCCCCCACCCCUCCAUCCAUCCUCUCUUUCCUCCCCCCUCUCCUGGUCUCAUCUUUGCCCUCCUCAUCCCACCUCGUGCACUGCGCGUGCCCCAGGGCUACGAGGAGAACCCUUCCCGACCCCGUCCCCCUCCCGGCGUUUCACUGGCUGACUCUGGUCACAUGCUGCCUGCUGCCUUCUCUGAUCGGAGCUGGGGAGACGUGGGGCAUGGUCUCGGCCUGCCCGUUCCACUGCGUGUGUCGGAACCUCUCGGAGGCCCUCAGCACGCUCUGCGCCGACAAGGGCCUCCUGUUUGUCCCCCCGCACGUCGACCGGCGGACCGUGGAGCUGCGACUGGCCGACAACUUCAUCACGGAGGUGGGCGGAAUCGACUUCGUCAACAUGAGCGGAUUGGUGGAUCUGACCCUGUCGAGGAACACAAUCAACCUGAUCCGACCCAUGACCUUUGGCGACCUGGAGAGUCUGCGCUCGCUGCAUCUGGAUGGUAAUCGAUUGACCGUACUCGGACCCAGGGACCUCGCGGGUUUGGUCAAUUUGCAACACCUGAUCAUCAACAACAACCAGCUGGUCAAAGUCUCCGUCGAGGCGUUUGACGACUUCCUGCUCACGCUUGAAGACCUUGACAUGUCCUACAACAACCUCAGGAGGGUGCCGUGGGUGUCCAUUCAGAACAUGGCCAGUCUGCACACUCUCAACCUGGACCAUAACCUGAUCGACCACAUAGCUGAAGGAGUAUUUGGAGAGCUGUACAAGCUUGCCAGGCUGGAUAUGACCUCCAACCGGCUCCGAACCCUGCCUCCCGAUCCACUAUUUGCAAGGUCCCAGACAGGUGCAAUAAGUCCCACCCCCUACAAUGCUGUCAUAAGCCUAAAUUUUGGUGGGAACCCGCUGCACUGCAAUUGUGAACUGCUAUGGUUACGGCGGCUUAUCCGUGGCGACGACAUGGAGACGUGCGCCACCCCUCCUCACUUGGCUGCCAGAUAUUUCUGGUCGAUUCCGGAGGAAGAGUUCACCUGUGAACCACCUCUCAUCACCCGUCACACUCACAAACUGUGGGUCCUGGAGGGCCAGCGAGCCACGCUAAAGUGCCGCGCCAUUGGCGACCCCGAGCCCGUAGUCCACUGGGUUUCACCGGAUGACCGCAUCGUUGCAAAUUCCUCCCGGACCAGCUCCUUCAGCAAUGGGACCUUGGACAUCUUGGUAACAGUUGCCCGGGACGACGGGGCAUACACGUGCAUUGCGAUAAACGCAGCGGGUGAAGCGACUGCCACUGUGGACCUGAAAAUAAUCCCCCUGCCUCACCGGGGCGGAACAGGCGGGAACAACAACAAUGUGAACACCAAAAACAACAGGAACGUGACCAAUGGGAUUUUAAGGACCGAUCCGGGCUCCUCAGAUAUCAGCACAGGGAAAAACGGAGGGAUUAACAACGGCGCAGGGCGUGGAGGAGAGGCGGAGGACGGCAAGAGAGCAGGCGACGACGACGAGGGAGACUCCGAAGGGGAGCGGGCCGACGGAGGGAGCGUAGAGGACGACGAGGGGGACGAGGAGGAAGGAAGGCUGGUUGGAGUACAAAGCGUUACGUCAACCUCAGCGCAGGUCAGAUGGGAUUUCGGGCCUUUGUCUGCUGCUUACGCCGUCUGGAUGUAUCAGAUACAGUACAACUGCACCGCCGACGAGACCCUCAUAUACAGGAUUCUACCUUCGACCAGUGACCGCUUCCUGUUGAAGAACUUGGUCUCCGGGGCGGACUAUAACCUGUGUGUGCUGGCCAUUUUUGAUGACACAAUCACAUCGUUAGCGGCAACAAAAGUCCUGGGCUGCGCCACGUUCUCCACCAAGGAUGUUUACCCAGCAUGCCGCUCUCUCCAAGCCCACUUCCUGGGUGGCACACUCACCAUAUUGGUUGGCGGCGUUGUGGUUGUCACCCUACUGGUGUUCACCGUGGCACUCAUGGUUCGCCACCGUGUUUGCAACCACGGCGACCACAUGAUAUGUCACAACAGCAACACUGAGGCGGGAGGCGGGGCCUGCUGCCAGGCUGGAGGAGGCAUUGACAAAGGCGGAAACGGCAGCGGGUGCUACCAGUCAAAUGGUGCUGGGGACAUGAUGAUGGUGGUCCUGCCCAAUGGCCUCCCAUCCAAGAGGGGAGACGAAAAGGAAAUGAAGAUGGACAAAGACAAUGAGAAGGACGAAGCUGAUCCUGCUUCCUCACUGCCCCCAAAACUUCCUCCACGGCCCAGGCCCAAGCCUAAAGUCAACCUGGAGCAGUUUCUUUCCGCUGGGGGGGUCGUCUCCGCGAAAACAGGGGAGGGAUGCGAGAUGGCUUUAGUGGUGAGGCAGAGGAAGUUGGAGAAGACGUUGCCGCACACCGAAAGUGACAGAACCCCCCUCUACUACUCCCCUUCGUCCACCCUACCCCGUCAGUCCCACUCCAGGGAGCGCCCGAGAACCCGCCUGGAGCGAGAACUGACCAAUCGCGCCAGUUUCUCUCUGGCAGCACCCGUGGGUGACUCAGAGCUGUUGGACUGGAGAAUCACUCCCCAAGGCAGGGACCAAUGGAACUCCUCACAGGCUUACCAGAGCCCUCUGUCCCCUCUAAGCCCCACUAGCGGGACCGUCAGCAAGCGGCGGCACUCGCUGGACAUGGGCUCCUCCGUCGCCCUGGCGACCGACGCAGCCGCGACGGUCGCCAAGCGCUACGGUGCGGUCAACUACGCCAAGCGGCUGAGCGUGAUCUGGACGAGGCGGAGCCAGUCCCUCCACGGGAUGCUGGUGCAGUGCGCCUCCACCACGAGCACAACCUCCUCGACGGCAAGCGACGACGAGGGCGCCGCGGUCUUUGGGGCGCGGUGCGAGUUCCAACGGGGCUACAUCCACGCCUACAACACCACCAACUCCAACUCCAACGCGGGGGUCACUACUGGGAAAGCGGGCAGUGUCAAGGACAGGGGAAAGCGCACGGGGAAGGACGGGCGGAGUGCGGAGGAAAUGGAGGAAAGCAUUGUGUAGGCAGUUGUGGAAUGUAACAAAAAAAAAAAGUUUGGGGGCGGAGUAUGGGAUCUUUAUUUGGAGGAGGUCAUCAUGGGAGAAAUGGAAGGAGCUGGACGGGUAAGAGGAGAGCCAAUGGGGAUGUUUAGACGAAGAGAGACUGGGUUAAAUUGAAGUCUCACUUUUGCAGCCUCUUUGCUUCAGAAAAAGAUGGUGGAAAGUGUAGCUGGAGUUCAGGUGAAGACUUUAGAAGAGGUUAUUUUAAGCUGAUCUAAGGAUUAAUGGGUGACAAAGAUAAGUGGGAAGACAGACUUGACAAGAAUAAAGGGAGAGCGGCGGCAACCGAACGUCUGAGCGCUUCAAAAUGGUCUUUCAGUACUAAAGGCUGAGCUCAAGCUGGAUCAUUAAAAAUUAAGUGAUACAAGAUAAAGCGGGAACACAAAAACACAACGUAGAGAAAACUACGCCAAGACAGCGAUAGAUGUAAGAAAAGACAAUGUCAGUGGUAUAUAUAUAUAUAUAUAUAUAGUUACAGAGGCAUAGUCAAACAGAGGAAGACAUCAAUGGAACAACAGAACAAAGGUUACGUACAGCGACAGAGAUGGCGUGAGCUCAGAGUGGAUCCCAGUGAAGACUUUACACUAAUAGAAACAUACCACUGCUAACAACUCUCCAGGGUCACAACCUGCCAAACAACACUGGAUCAAACAGCACCACAACCAGGACUAAGCAACAACAGAAAAGAGAUUUGGAAAGCAUCGGCCCGGCUCUGUCAUGUUGAUUUGUUUUCUCGCCAACAAUGACGGCCAUUUUGAAACUCUUUUCCAAAACCCAAUGAUUGUGACUUUUAUGUGUCCUCUGUUGGCUGGGCAAUGAUUUUUUGGCUUGCCAUGCCUGCGGAUUAUGGCAGCAUAAAUACAGAGCCGGGGUGCAUUGGACAUGAUCAAUCGAUACUGGCUGGAAAGAGCGCGUGCAUCACAGGCGUUGUAAAAAAAAAAAACACAUUGGGAUUACAAUGGAGUCAAUAUGGAUUACAAAGUGGAGGAGACAGGGGUGCAUGAAGGAACAUGUGCUCGUUUGCAUUUGUGAAAGAAAAGACUGUACUGGAUGUCGGAUAAUAGUGGACCAUGGAGAAAUGAACAAUGCGAAUGGAUGCAUAAGUAUGCAUGCUUUGACGGAUCAGGGGCAGGGUGUGCGUAUGAGUGCCUGUGUGUGUGUGUGUGUGUGUGUGUGUGCACAUGUAUAUGAAUGUUUGGCGAGGGGCAAAUUCAGUCCGACUCCAUCUGUGUUUUUAAAAUGUUUAGCGCUUUCUGGUAAUGCUGAAAACAAAUCAAAUGUCAAGAAUAAAUUAAGAAAAACAUUAAGAUCAGCAGCGGCCCACCCAAAGUGAAGGAAUAAGUUUUCAGUCAAAAAAAAUAAAUAGAAAACACUAUUUCCAGCAAUGUAGCAUGGUCAGAAAGCGGCAAACGUUGAAGUGGGAUUUUAGACUCAUUUUUUGUGACGUCCAACUACAUUGUGCCACAUGGAUUCACUUUAAAUCCAAACAGUGAAUGUUUUCAGAAAGCUGAUGAAGAAAAAAUUAUGUCAGAAGCACCAUGGAAGCCACUAAUGAUAUAACCUCUUCUUCGAGACUUUGUAAAACUCAUCAUGGGAAGGCUAUUUCCAAUGGCACGGACCACAGACUCUUAUAAAUGUCUAUCAAAGAGAAAAUACAAAAAGAAAAAACUCAAGAGUACAUAUAUAUAUAUAUAUAUAUAUAUAUAUAUAGUAUAUAUAUAAAACAAUGUUACUUGUCGCACCAUGUGUUUCUGUUUUUCAAACGUUUUCUGGGGAAUGAUGUUAGGAUCAAGAACAAUAAAACGUGUGAUGUUUCGUCUGACAAAAACUUUCUACAGAUUAGAGCUAAAAAAAAGAAAAGAAAUUGCUUAUCACAAGACUGAAAUAAAUCCAUUCAUGAAGCACACCUGGCACAAGGAAACAACCCAAACCGGCAAGCACAAACACCCAAAAAGGAAAAUACAUAACAAACGCACAUGAAGAUACCAAUAAAACAGUCAACUACAUCGUUAAUAAUUAAUGACUUUUAACCAUUACUGUUGAUUCCUUUGUUUUGAUUUCAUUUUGCAAAAGUCAAUAUUGUUCUCUGGACUUGAUAUAAAUAAAAAUGAGAUGUAUCGAACCGA